AUGGACGAUCAGCUGAAUCGAAAAAUGCAGGAGGAUGAUUCGAAACGACUAAGAUGGGAUUCAGAUAAUAGUAAAAAACGACGUUAUGCUUCAAAACGUGCGUUUUACGCGAGUGAUUCACAUUGUUCUGCACCGUCAUCAUCGCCGCAUUCAAGUCCAGUUGAUCCUUCAAUGUUGGUCAAUUUUAAUUCCAAUGAAUUUACUGACGCAAUUCGAUCUUAUAGCCGUUCUAAGAAUGAUAUGCGGCCAUCUAAAUCGGAAGACGAUAAUGGAGAGUGGUGGAUACAGCUUGAUGAAAUGCCAACUCAGGAUGAUAACUCUCUUUUACAGGUUAAAGCAUCAGCAAGCCCGGACUUAGUCACUGAAUCGAUUAGUUCCAAAAGCGAAACGGAAGAUGUAGUGGAAAGUGUUGAAAGUCCGCAGAGUAAGUUUGAAUUGGAUGAAGAUGACGAACAAACACCAUUUGCUUCUACACCGUCAAAACGCCACAAUGUGGAUUUUUUUAACGAAGAUAUUGAGUUAUCUGAUGUCUCCAACGUACCAGUUCUUUUGGGCUUUGAGGACAUUCCAGCUGCUAAAGCGUUAUCAAACUCAGCUCCAGCAUCCACUGUAGGGUCAUCAAGUUCAAUCAUCGAUAGUCCUCUUCAACGGCCUAGUAUGUUCGACGUUAAAGCCUUGCAAACAACUUACGGAGAAUUGAAUGCUAUUGCAAACGAAAGGCCAAAAAAAUGGGAAAAGUGUGAGGAUUUUCCUCCUGGGGUGCUGUUUCGUUUCUAUGAUCAAAUAAAUCGUGCAAGAUGGGUGAUUCCUGUACUACCAGAUCAAGAGCUUGAAACGUUACUAGAAAUUUCAAUUGUGUUAAUACGACGAGGUGCUGACAAAAAGUCAACAUUGUUCGAAAGUUUUCUUGAUAAUGGAUUAGUACUUGUAUUUGACAAGCUCAUGAACGAUGAGGCGAUGAAGGAUUGGAAAAUCGACAUUCAUCGAUGCAUCUGGUUGAAUAUUGCGCGAUUUCUUGUAAUGUUUACGGAAAAAUUGCGUCAAACACUUAUUGCGGAAGAUAUUCACAGCGCAUAUUGGAUGAUAUUGUACAACGUCUUUUCCAGUAGUAGUCGGUAUUGUUUAAAGCUGCCGAGUUUUUUGUUCAGUUCUGUAAAUUUUCAUAUGCAAAAUUUUGGUCGCAAGGCACAGUUCUUGCAAAUGCAGUUUGAUCCUAGUGAUUUGAUACUUUAUACUUCCAUUAAUUCAGUUGAUGAAGUGAAUCAGGCGUUUUUUUGCAAACGCCGUGAUUUUCAGAAAGUUUUACAACUAUGGCUUUUGUUGCUUUUAAAUUAUUUUGGAAGGAUCGGUGGGUUUUCGCUGAUGAAAAGUUUCUUGGAAAAAAAUGUUAAUCAUGAUACUAAAAUUACUGAUCUUAUUAUGUGGUGUCGACCGUUUUCUUCUUGCUUAUCAUUAUUGAAACCAACAGUUGUGUUCGAGACAUUUGGUUUCGUCAUUCAGAAAGUGUUGACACAAUUGGAACAAAUAAAUGAUGAGGAAUUAAAAUGCGAGACAGUGAAAAACGAUUUUAAUGAAUCGCCUUACAUUGAUUUGAUAAGAAUUUUUCUUACUUUAACUCGAACUAAUCCGGAGAUGGCAAGUUUGAGGCGGCAAACUCAGUUUUUUUCUUUGCGCUAUAUUUUACGAGUAUUGCAAGUUGCACCUUUUGCUGGACGUAUAGCUGCUUUAGAGGAGUUACAUGUAUCUUUACUUAAUAUAUUUUCUGAAUUUCGACAGCAGGAAAUAUUGACAUCGAUGAAAGAAUUGAAGGAGUGGUUAGGGAACCAGCACUUCAUUGAAAUUUUGGUGCGUGACAAUUUACAUCAUCCAGCAUACUGUGAAAGAUUAGAAAGAGUAUUCAGAGCUCUAAUUGAAAGGGAUGCUAUAACAGUUAAUGACAUGGAUAUUUUGUGGAACGCACAGCGUGAAAAGCACGAUGUUAUUCAACGAAAUGUCCAUGAAUUAAUUGCGAAAUUGGCCAAAGUUAUUAGUAGUACAUUACAGGAACAUUUAUUUCACCAAAUGAAGGAGAGUUGGGGAUGUUCAUCAUCAAGAGAACGAACGCUUCUGCUAGAUCUUCUUCGUCGUUUGGGCCUCGAUUUUAAUACCCAAACUGAAAAGGAGUUAACCGUAAAGUCUCUUAUGCUGUUAUGGGAUUUAUUCCACGAUGAACUUUUGCCAGUGGAGAUGGUCGAUGCAGCAUUAGAAGCACAUUUCAGUGUGUUAGAACACACACCAAUGGAAGAGUUGCGGCGGCAUUACAUAGGGCGUUGCAUUGACGAGUUGCUCUUGGAUUCAGUUUUCGUGGUUCCCGCGAUAAAACAUAUGCAGCGGUUGAUGGUACUAAUGCCCGAAUGCAAUUUCAGCUCUACCAAGAAAUCCACGCGGCAAGCAUAUCAGUUUCGUUAA